AUGGCCAUCUCUCUAACAUUACGUAUUCGUGCCGCCCUGCUGAUCACUAUAUUCGCUCUCAUGAGACCGGAGCAAUGCACCUCGCAUCCCCAACUUACGCUAAGGCUAUUACACUCAAAAUCAAUCAAAACCCAAGAAUCACCGAAAACAAAAGCCGGUUACCUGCAUCCCAAGUCAAUUCUCGCUUCUCGCCUAGAUACCUUGAGGACCACUAAAACAGAGGAUAUCGUCUCACAUGUUACUCCUAUUUCGAAUCCAGCAGCAUUCCUUGCAAAUAUUUCUAUCGGCGAUCCACCAGUCUCGCAACUCUUACUCAUAGACACUGGUAGUGACCUAACUUGGAUCCAAUGUCUUCCAUGCAAAUGUUACCCUCAGACAAUUCCCUUUUUCCACCCUUCAAGAUCUUCCACUUACCGUAACACGUCUUGUGAAUCCGCACCACACGCCAUGCCCCAAAUCUUUCGUGACGAAAAGACUGGAAACUGCCGAUAUCACUUACGCUACCGCGACUCUUCUAACACCAGAGGCGUUUUAGCUGAAGAAACACUCACAUUUCAAACAUAUGACGACGGUUUAAUCUCUACACCAAACAUUGUUUUUGGCUGCGGGCAAGACAACUCAGGUUUCACUCAAUACAGCGGCGUGCUAGGUUUAGGUCCCGGUACAUUUUCCAUAGUAACCCGCAAAUUCGGCUCUAAAUUCUCAUACUGUUUUGGCAGCGUAGGCGAUCCAACUUACCCUCACAACAUUUUAACCCUCGGAAAUGGCGCCAGAAUCGAAGGCGACCCAACGCCUUUACAUAUCUAUGCAGACCGUUACUACCUUGACCUCCAAGCAAUCUCUUUAGGAGAUAGACUUCUCGAUAUUGAACCCGGCGUUUUCAAGAGAUAUGGAUCCCAAGGAGGCACGGUCAUCGACACAGGCUGCUCACCAACGAUUCUAGCAAGGGAAGCUUACGAAACUCUCUCUGAAGAAAUCGAUUUUUUCCUAGGAGAAGUUCUCAGGCGCGUUAAAGGUUGGGAUCAGUACACUAAUCCUUGCUACGAAGGGAAUCUUAAACUUGAUCUCUACGGAUUUCCUGUCGUCACGUUCCACUUCGCAGGCGGCGCUGAGCUGGCCUUAGACGUUGAGAGCUUGUUCGUUAGCAGUGAGAGUGGAGAUAGAUUUUGCUUGGCUAUGAAUAUGAAUGCGUUUGAUGAUAUGAGCGUUAUUGGUGCCAUGGCUCAACAGAGUUAUAAUGUUGGUUAUGAUCUUCGAACCAUGAACGUUUAUUUCCAGAGGACUGAUUGUGAACUUCUUGAUUCUUAA